AGUGAACGUUAAGAUAUUAGAUUAUUUUCAAAACCAGUGGCGUCAUAGCUUCUUCUCUGCCCUUUUAACUCGCAAGUCUUUGAACGAAUGGUUCCAUAAUUUCCCGAGUAGAACCUCCAAAAGAGACAUUUUCUCGUCCGAAACAUUGCCGACGUGUGUAGGUAGAAAUGUGAUGGACAGUGUGGACUUUUCGCCUCCACUGAGAUCAAGACAAGACUCCAAAAUGGGGCUGGAGCAGCUCGGACUCGGGCACCAGAUGAUGAGGUAUUGCCUCAUCGCGUUCAACAUCGUCUUCUUUGUGGCAGGUUUCGGGUUGAUGGUUGUGGCGGCCGCUGGCCUGACGUGGAUGGAUGGAGUGUUUGACUUCAGCAGGUCCGACAUUCCGGUGUCGCAGAUUCUCCUCCUCGUGGUGGGCCUCAUCAUCUGCGUGGUGACCGUGGUCGGGUGUUACGGAGCCGAGAAGGACAAUGUUUAUCUUCUGAAAGCGUAUGCUGGAUUCUUGAUAAUACUUCUACUACUGACACUCAUCGGAGGGAUACUGGCAUUCAAGAUGAAAAACCAAAUCCGGUCCAGAAUACAGGAAGACCUCAUGGAUUUCCUGAAGGGCUGGAAUCCUGCAAACAGGAAAGCUUUCGACCUCGCACAGAAAAAGCUGCAGUGUUGCGGAGUCGACAACUACACGGAGUGGGAGAACUCCGGGUUCCCGCAGCAGAGCUCGAACGGCAGCAGCACGCUGAGUGUCCCCGGGUCGUGCUGCAUCCGAGCGCUGGUCGAGUUCGACUUGGCCGCUCCGAACGACACGUGCGGAGCCAACCUGGGGAACGGUACAACUGUAGCACAGAAAAUCAACACGGAGGGGUGUCUGAACAAGCUGGAAAGUGGCGUGAAAAGUCACAUCGCGACGGUGGCAGUGCUGGGAAUUCUCUUAUUAUUUGUCCAGGUUAUUGGGAUCAUCUUCGCCUGCCUCUUGGCCAGAGGGAUCCAGAACUACCAGUAUUCUCUCAUAGCGUAGUCAAGAAAAAACUUCAGCAUAACAGUAACAGUGCUAAAAUUAUAUCAUUAGCUGGUCGUUCUUUAAUUACGUUUCUUUCUCGUGUGGGUUAGGGCUAGUAAACUGAUUUUAAAGGAUAAAAUAGAUGAGCUUUGUAGCUUUAUUCCCGUUGUGCAUAAUGUGCCGGUAAGGUGUUAGAUAACCAAAGAUCACCAUCCCACUCA